AUGCCGAACGUCACACCCACGUCGUCUUCUAAGAAGAAAGAUAAAAGAAAGUCUUUGGAAGUUACUACUGAAAAAGAUUCUCUUGUACGUCAAGAAACUCUCUCUCCAAUUACGCCGGCCGGUGAAUCUAACCUUGAAAAUAAAAACCCAUACUUUGACGUGCUUUAUAAAAGAGUUAAAAAAUUGAGAAAGUUAAUGAUAAGAAUUGAAAAAUAUGAAAGCAUUAAAAAUUCUCCUGAUGGCAUAAAUUUGAAUGCUGAUCAAAUUAAUUUGCUUGAAAGAAAGGGUGAAACUAGUGGUGCUAUCAAAGAAUUUGACGAAGCACUCAAGCAAGUAGAAAGUGUUGAAAAAGAAGAACUUAAGAAACAAGUUGAACAAAAAAAGGCACAGCAAUCGGAGCGCGAUCAAGCCAUUGCCAAUGCUGUUGAAGAAGCAAAGGCCGUUGAUUCUCUUCAUUCUAAACUUACAUCUUUGACCGAUGAAGCAAAGAAUGAAGAACUUUAUGAAGGAAAAAUUCGAGAGGUCUUGGAUCUUGUCAACAAAUUACAAUUAGGUGAUGAGAGCUUGAUUACAAAAUCGUUGCUUAAUGGUGUUCAUGAAUCGGAAGAGCCCGCAACGAAUAAUGAAAACUCCACCCAUGGUUUAACAUAUUCUCAAUUACUUUCAUUGAUUAAAAACCCACCGAUACUAGAAUCUCCCGAAGAACCACAGAUUGAACAGGAAGAAAUACAAGAGACAUUUGAGGAAGUUCCUGAUCCCCAAUCGACUCUUCAAUCUGAACACAACGAUGAUUCUACCAAUGUGACCAUACCAGCAGGUGGAUUGCAAUUUAUGUAUCAUCCUGAUGAUCAAUCACAACCUCUAGAAAACACAAUCAAUAAUACUACAUACACUUAUCAGAGUACAGAUGCAGAACAAAUUCCAGUGGUAACAUCUACUGGUGAUGCAAUGGCAGAUGUGCAAUAUCAGCAGAAUUAUGAUACAUCUAUGGUGGAACAACCAUACAUAGGGGAACAUCAACAACAGUUUGUCGCAGAACAGAAUGAUCAGCAGGUUUCUUUGGAACACGAAGAAUCUCCUCAACAAGAAGAACCACCAGUUUAUGCACAAGAACAACAAACUGUUUCAGAAGAUCUAGCAGAUUCAAAACAACAACCACAGUCAAUUCAACAGGAUAAUGACCAACCACCACCGUUAUCACAAGGUUCUAGUGGAUUCAGAGGUAGAGCAAGUCGUAAUAAUCGUGGAUUUAGAGGGGGUCGAAGGGACUCAGGUGGUUAUAGAGACAGUAAUUAUCGUGAUGGUAAUUACCGAGAUGGUCGCGAUGGCGGUGGUUAUCGUGAAAAUUACCGUGAUGGUGGAUACCGUGAAGGUGGAUAUCGUGAAGUAUACCGUGAUGGAGGAAACUUUCGUGCACGUGGUGGUCCAGGUCCCCGCGGCGGUGGAAGAGGUGCUUACACAGGAAAUCGCGGAGGACAGUUUAGACAACGUUCUCAAUAA